AGCCAGCAGGGAUUUUCCCAGACACGUGAUAUGUGACUCGUCGUUGGGUCAAAGUUGAAGUUUAAUGUUUUGCAAAUGGCGGAAGGUGUAAACACAACUGUUCAACACAAGCUGUAUAGAUCUAUUUAAAAUGACGACUGUAGACUAUGAACGUUUCGACAGUCUGGAAGGAUGGGUAGCAAUAAAGAGUAAUAUCUUCGAAGAAACCGAGACAUUUAAGCUUGGUUUUAUAGUACAGUGGAAUGUUAUCGAAUGCAAGUUUGCGGUCACCUGUCACAACAGGACCCUUCAGCGACAGAGACGAAAAGAGGAGCUAGCUCUCGCAGAUACUCAGACCAGCUGGGCCGGACUGUUCUCGGUCGAUGAUCUUAAAAAUAUCCAUAGGCAGUUUACAGGUGUUAGCGAUAUUCUACAGCCAUAUUUCCCCAACUUGGCUGAUUUCGAGGGGGGAAACAUAUGGGACAUUAUUUUUUUGAACCGCGCUUCCAGCCAGGACGAACCCGAGAGGGAUUUGGAUACACCUUGCCGACAACUUGAGAAAUAUUUCUGCACUGCUGUUGAUGUAUGUGGUCGGAAGAUUGUGCUUGAUUCUUUAUUUAUGCAGGAUGAACGAGAUGUUGAAGAGUACUUCGAAAACCUACAAGAGUUCAAGAGGAAAACGAUGCAAGAUCAAGUUGUCCGAGCAAAAGAUAAUCUGCGGAAGAUCCUCCUGCAACAUAAAACAACUGACAAGCUAGUCCUCCUGUUAAAGAUGUAUGAAGAAGAAGAUGAGGCUUACAAAGAGCUGGUUACCACGGCUACACUGUUCUAUCAGUACCUGCUGCAGCCUUUCCGAGACAUGAGAGAACUGGCCAUGCUGUACAAAAUGGAAAUCCUGAAAUCACUGGAAUUUGAAGAGUUGGGCCCCAGGAGAAUAGCGGUCCUGGAGAAAGAGGCUGAGGACUGGAGGAAGAGGGCCGAGGACGCCGUGAGCUCCAUACAGGACAUCACCGUCAACUACUUUGUGGAGACGUCGAAGGCGCUGGCAGGGAUGCUGAAGCAGAUGGAGGAGGACAAGCGGAGGUUCGGCCAGGCCUCCUGGGCGUCGGCCGCCCCCAGACUAGAGAAGCUCAAGUUCAUGCUGGCCAAGGAAACCCUCCAGCUCAUGAGGGCCAAGGAGAUGUGCCUGAACCGCAGGAAGGAGGACAUCAGAGAGAGGAUGAGAGGCCUCGCCGAUCGGAGCGAGGGGACGGACUCGGUGGACCAGCUGGAGCUGCGCUAUUACGAGGCUCAGCUGGAGCUCUACGACGUCAAGUUCGAGAGCCUGAAGAACGAGGAGCUCCUGCUGGUGGCGCAGAUAGACACAGUGCGCAGGCAGAUUAAAGAGCUGAAGGAGGAGGUGGUGUACUAUGACACUUGCGAGGACCCGGAGGAGCUCCAGAGCUUGGCGGUGAUGGGGGGGUCCCAGCGGGACACCAGCCGCCCCACCCUCAGCAAACUGAACCGGAGGCUGCAGCAGCUGGAGACCAAGAGGGGGUCCAUCUGCGCCAGGCGGGCAUACCUGCGCAACAAGAAGGACCAGUGCGUGGUCCUGCACGAGGAGAAGCACCAGGAGGCACAGCACAGUGAAGAGCAGUUCAUCCAGCAUCACGCCGUCCAGCUGAAAAGAGAGCAAAGGAAACAGGAGGAAGAGAAGAGGAAGGAGUGGGUGGACCAGGAGCGGGAAAGGACUCUCAGUAGGCUUAGGUCAUUCAGAGAGAAGAAACAGGGUCAAUACGUGCUGAAGACUCCGGGCUCCAAGACAGCUGCCCGGAGCCCCCCAGCUACUGACCCCUCCCAGCCCCUGUCCAUCAUCAGUCUAAGCCCCUCCUCUGACAAUGCUGGUGCCACCCCCACAGCCACGCCGAGGAAGAAGCGACAGAAGCCAAAGGACAUUCCUGUCCAAAUCUUUGUUGCGCCCGGACCUGGCACCGCCCCAGCCCCCCCGGAUCAGGCUUCUGUCCCGACGCUGCCACCUCCGCCUCCCCCACCGCUACCCCCGCCCCCUCCCCCUCCUCUCCCGCCUCCACCACCUCCCCCAGCUCAAGACCUCCAUGAUGAAGAGCGGGACAAACCCAUGCCCCUGCUUAGUGAAAAAGAAGGGACUCCAUUUCCUGCAAAAAGCACCCUGAAGCAAAAUAUAGGCUCCAUGGACGAGGUGCUGGCCUCGUUACAGAGGGGGCAGAUGCAGCUGCGGAAAGUGGGCGCGUCCCCGGCCCAGGCAGCGAGCCCCGCCGCCCCGGAGGACCUCAGGGACAGCAUCCUGUCGGCCAUCCGCCGCGGCGUGAAGCUGAAGAAGGUGCAGCCCGGGGAGGGGGCGGGGAGGCCGGUGAGCGAGGGCUCGGACCUGGAGCAGAGCAUCAAGGCCGCCAUGCAGAGGAUGAAGAGGGUGUCCUCGGACUCGGACGACGAGGACAGAGGGGACAGCCAAUCCGGAGAGUGGGACGGUUAGCCCGGGGGCGUCCUAGCCAAACGCGCGUGGCGAACUAUGAGGCCAACACUGUGUGACUGAUUCUGUGCACCGAACAUCGGUCGUGAGCUCGCAGAUACAAUAUUUAUUUUUUUGGCCUUUAAUUUACAUUAAAAACUUUUUUUAAUGGGAAGAUUUUGAUAGAAGAUUUCUGUUGUGUUGUAGAGAGAAUUUAAGGCAAUAUCACACUUUUGGGGCCGUAGAGAGUUUUCAUACAGACAGAGGUUUACAAGGUUAUACUGUACCAUGAUAUCAAUGAAUUGAAAAAUUGCACUCGUAUGUAAUGAAGGAAAAACUGCAAACAUAUAAUCAAAAUUAACUCUGAAGGCAGUUAUAUUAUAAUCAUAGACUUUAGUCUUAAAAAUGAGAAAAAAAGCCUUAAGCAAGAUAGGUCAAAGCCUUGGGAAUACCGACCUUUCUCUUUAUGAAAUGAGAAGGCAUGUCAGAGUUAUGUCAAGGUUGUAUAAUCAUUCAUCUGAGCAACAUUUUCCCCACCACAUACUAGUGUUCUUCUUUUUAGUUCUUUUCCCAGUGCACUUAAUUUGUCUGGCCUGUGCCAUGUAUUCUGAGAGGAAAGCAUGAGGAAUCAUCUGCACUGCACUGACUUUUGCCUUUUUUUGGCUUGUUUAUCGAUAACAGCUUUAUCAGGGUCUGUUCAAAUGUCAUUUAUGUUAAACAUUAAACUUUAAAAAGUC